AUAGAAAUAUGAUUGUUCAAACUUACUUCUGUUAUUUACAGAGCAUGGCAUGUUAAAAUGUUAUCGCUGUUAUGCGCAGUAGAAGAAGAUAAAAUUAGUUUAGCUGAAAAAAACAAAAGUAAUCGAAACAAAAUAAACAUAAAAUGACAGACAAAGCUAAUUUUGCGGACCAAAUAGAAAACGAUAAAAACAAAAAUAAUGUGCGUUGUCAAUUUUGCAACAGUCUAAUGCUAAAAGGCAAAGAGGCAAGCUACUCCGAGCAAGAGGUAAAUGUGCCGCUAAUGGUGCAGAAAAAGGAGAGUAAAGCUGAUUCGCUUAACACAGAGAUCUUGCAUCAUUUCUGGCUGGUCGAAGAUAUGAUGACAUUCGAAAAUAUUGGCUUUUCCCAUACUGUAGAUGGACGCAAAUUUCUUGUCUGCGCCGAUUGCGAACGCGGACCGGUUGGCUAUCACGAGCUCUCCACCAAACGUUGUUAUGUGGCGUUAGAACGUGUGGCUCACGAGGAUGCAUAGGUAAAAAGUUAUAUACCUAUGCAUAUAUAAGUGGUAUGGUCCUGAACCAUGCACCUCCAACGUUUAGCCUAAUAUAUUUUAUUGCUAUUAUUGUACGCUGUUCACAUAGCUUGUCUGAAGUGCCGGAUGUAUGGCACGUAGCAUUUUAUAGCAACUUGGGGCUAGUAUGUGGUAUUUUGUUGUAAAUUGUGAAAGUCUACUGUCUGGAACAGCUGACCAGCUGUACUCCAUUAACUAUCUCCCUUAUAUUAUUUGUAGAGCUACAAAUUGUAGAUUAACAAAUUGUGAAAUUUAUGCAUGCUUUACAUUUUUAUAUAUUCUUUAAUAUAUAAGCUAUAAUAAAUAAAAGACAUAGCCAGAAUAGUAGUAACAUCAUUACGAGUUAUACACAUCUUCUAAUAUCUUAUGCAAGCCCAAAAGUGUACAAGUCACUGCCCACAGUUUUAGCAGUACGCAUUCAGCCUGCUGUAUGCUAAGUGUACAGAGUAUUCCAUAGUCGGAAAUAUUCGACGCUGUUAAUAAUAAAUGUAAGCAAUCAAUUUUUGUAAUAUUAUGAUUUAAGAUUAUUAUGCCUAU